CCGAACAUGUGCCUCAGAAGUUCUCCCCCUCUUCCCCUCUGAAGUUUGACAUUCCCCAGCCAGGAAUUUUUCCAGGCCUAAAUCCAUCUUCCACCAGCAACGACCCCCUUUCCAGAUCUGGGUUCUUGCGGACUGGAGGCGGCGGCAUGAAAGAAAAAGCAGGAGAGAAGGAGAAAGGGGGAAAGGGUGACACCAUGUCUGUGAUAUACAGUGAGGUGGCUGCUGAUGAGCCUACAACUAGCAGCUUCUGGAUGCCCAAUCACUAUCACAGCACAGUCAAGCGCUUGGAUGAUGGCUAUCGCGUCUGUGACCAGAUUGUGGCCUGUUUCCAGGAUCGGGCAAAGAUUGAGCGCAGCUAUGCCUUGCAGAUGGAGGAGUGGACUCGCAAGUGGCGCCCCCUUGUGGAUGCAAGUCCAGUGUACGGCUCCUUGCUCCGGGCCUGGCAAGCCUUCCUGGGGGCUUCAGAGCGGCUGAGCCGCUUGCACAUGGAUAUGCAAAGGGCUCUGGUCUCCGAGGAUGCCGGGCGCAUCCGGGGUUGGCAACACGACUCCUAUCACCGCAAGCUUUUUGGGGGCUUCAAAGAGGCCUGUGAGCUGGAAAGCGGCUUCCAGCGGGCACAGAAACCCUGGACCAAGAAGCUCAAGAAGGUCGAGAAGACCAAGUCUUUAUACCACAAGGCCUGUCGCAAAGAACACAUUGCAGCCCUACGGGAGAAUGCAGUCAAGGCCACACCGGGUUCUGAGCUGCCCCAAGAACGACAGCGGGCCUUGAGGGAGGAACACCAGCGUUGCAGCCAAGAAGCCAACAAGGUGCGCGAGCGCUAUGAGAAGGCCCUGCAAGAGCUCGAUCGCUGCAGCCCACGCUACAUGGAGGAAAUGGAGUCCGUUUUUGAGCAGGGGCAGGCGCAGGAGCAGAGACGCAUCGCCUUCCUCAAGGGGGCCUUCCUCGCCCUACAUCGACGCCUCGAUGUCACUGCUGACCCCAGCAUCCAAGCUGUUUAUACUGAUUUGCACCAAGCCAUCGAGGACAUAAAUGACCAGGAUGACCUGAAAUGGUGGCGUAAUCGACACGGACCGGGGAUGCCUAUGAACUGGCCACAGUUCGAGGCGUGGAGCCCUGACCAGGAGCGGCCACAGGUGAAAGUCCAGAAAGUCCAGAAAGCCAAAGAACCAGAGAAAGCCACACUCGGCAGCAUCACCCCCUCCCAGAGCAGUGCAAAGCCAGCACCCCCACCAGUGUCGGGACAGCGGGUUCGUGCUGUGUACGACUAUACCGGCCAAGAGGCAGAUGAGCUGAGCUUCAAGGCAGGAGAGCUGCUUACCAAGCUGGAAGAUGAGGACGAACAGGGCUGGUGCAAAGGGGUGACCGACAGCGGACGUGUGGGGCUCUACCCCGCCAACUACGUGGAGCCCAUACAGGGCUAACUCGAUGGGUUAGGGGGUGGGGGGAGGGAAUCAUGCACCCAUACAUCAAUAUUAGGGCUAUGUUUAUUCUGCACUUCCGAGAUCGCACCAUGUUGCCAGCCCAAAGUGGUGCAAAAUUCAGCUUCCUUAGAGACUGCUUUAUUUUUAAUAAUCAUACAACUUUCAGUCCACAUGGAUGCAAAACUUUCAGUCCAUACAGAUGCCCUGAAAAGACAUGUGAGUGAUGCUGGUGAAAUCUCAGAAGCCGGGUGGGCUGGUAGGUGGGGCUGCAUGGAACUUUGAGUAGGGUGGGGCUUCUGAUGUCUACACAGCUUCCUGCCCCUCCCUCUAGCUAGUUAUAUUAUUAUGCAAAAUAAGCCCAUUGAUGCUCCAUCUGAAUAAUCAAUUCAGGGGAGGACAGCAUUUGACUUUGGGUGGGUGGGGUAGCCCUGCCAAUAGGUAAGGAUAUGGAAACCACCUGGAAUAAAACGUGGGGAACAAAUUCCUUAAAACAAACGCAAAGCACACACCCAUAACCAGACACACACGUCUGGUCUGAAUGGCACACCAUGCACAACUCGUGCACAACACCUACACAAGCUGCAGAUACCACCACUCCCUCUCCUUGCGUCAGUGACACACACAUGCCAAAGAAAUCAAGGUGCCUCUGAGUUCUCCUUGGGAUGGUGGAGCCAGAGGGCACUUUGCCCCCAAGGGCUUGACAACACCUCUGGAAAUCCCGGGAUGGACUGAAAAUCAGAAUAAGAAAGGUAUCUUAGAGUCUCUUGAGGAAAUGCUUUUUGGGUAUCUUGAGAUGAUUAUCAAACAAAACAGCCACAUAAUGAGUCACGAAGGGCAGAGGGAGAGGACCACGUAACAUAGGGUUGCUGAUUUUAAAAAAUCCCACGUGGACUCUCUGCAGAAGUGUCUUCAGCCAUACAGUAUAUUAUACUGAGCGUUACUACACUGGCCUUGCCUUCACCUGCCUAGAUUCCUGUUUGUUUGUUUGUUUGUUUGUUUGUUUGUUUGUUUAGGGGGGGCAUGAAAGAAGCAACCAGACUAGAAGCCGUUAUCUCUGACUCCACCCAAAGAAGCAUAACAAAGAGGGGGGAUAGAAAUAUGAUGAGCUUAUGAGAGUGAAUGAUUUAAAAAUACGUUUUAGCUCACCUGGAGGUUUUGGAAAAUAAAAGAAAUAAGCAUGG